AUGUCAACAAACAAGAUUGGUAAUAAAUUAAACAUUGAUCAAGUCGAUGUAAAAGGAAAGAGAGUUUUAAUCAGAGUUGAUUUUAAUGUACCAAUUAAAGAUGGAAAGAUUUCAAGUACACAAAGAAUCGAUGCAUCAUUACCAACAAUCAAGUAUUGUCUUGAAAAGGGAGCAAAGAGUGUUGUUUUGAUGAGCCAUUUGGGUCGUCCAGACGGACAAGUCAAAAAAGAGUAUACACUUGCACCAAUUGUACCCAUUUUGGAAAAGGAUCUUGGUGUAAAGGUCACAUUCUUGAAUGAUUGUGUUGGAGCAGAGGUUGAAGCUGCAUGUGCCAACCCAGCCGCUGGAAGCGUCAUCUUACUCGAGAAUCUUCGUUUCCACGCCGAAGAAGAGGGAUCAGGUGUCGACGAGGCCGGCAAGAAGUUCAAGCCAACCGACGACGCUGUCAAGGCAUUCCGUGCAUCGCUUACCAAGCUCGGUGACGUCUAUGUCAACGACGCCUUUGGUACUGCCCAUCGUGCACACAGCUCAAUGGUUGGUGUCAACUUGCCACAACGUGCUGCUGGCUUUUUGAUGAAAAAGGAGCUAGAGUACUUUGCCAAGGCACUCGAAUCACCCGUCAAGCCAUUCCUCGCUAUUCUCGGUGGUGCCAAGGUAUCCGACAAGAUCAAAUUGAUCCUCAACCUCUUGGACAAGGUCGACAGCAUGAUCAUUGGUGGUGGUAUGGCAUUCACCUUUAAAAAGUUUAUCGAGCAUCGUCAAAUUGGCAAAUCACUCUGCGAAGACAGCGCUGCCGACCUCGUCGUCGAAAUCGUUGCCAAGGCCAAAAAGAACAACGUCUCACUCUACUUCCCAGUCGACUAUGUCGCCGCCGACAAGUUUGACAAGAAUGCCGAGACCAAGAUCGUCACUGACGAGGAAGGUAUCCCCGAAGGUUGGAUGGGUCUCGAUUGUGGACCCAAGACCCGUAUCCAAAACACAAAGGUUGUCGCCGAGGCCAAGACCAUCGUCUGGAACGGCCCACAAGGUGUCUUUGAAUUCUCCAAGUUUGCCGAAGGCUCCAAUACCAUUGUCGCCGAUGUCGUCAAGGCUACCGCCAACGGAGCCACAGUCAUCAUCGGUGGUGGUGAGACUGCCACCUGUGUUGCCAACAACAACGCCGAAGACAAGGUUAGCCAUGUCUCUACUGGUGGUGGUGCUAGUUUAGAAUUAUUAGAAGGUCGUGAAUUACCUGGUGUUACUGCUCUUUCUGAAAAAUAA